UCACUUUUGCAGUUCCACAGUGCAAUUCACGCGCAGUAGCGACUAGCAGCCGCAGUGAUAAAAAUGCGCCACCUGUUCCACGAUUCCUCAUUUCUAAGCUGACGAAACUUGCAUACACCCACCCCUACGGAGCAAAAACAAAUACUCUUCCGUAUCAUAAUCGUAUCAAAAACUCAUUUCAAGCCUUCUUCUUCUGAAAAAUGGAAGAACAAUCAUCACUGUUUCUAGGGUUUGGAGUUGUUCCAGUUCUUAUAAUCUCAGUUUCACUUGGAACUCUCAUUGCUCUCGUUUUCUUCUCUGAUUACUUUCGUCAGAAAAGAUCUGAAGUUGAAACCAUUUCAAAACCAGAUGAAAUUGUGAAUCACAAAUCAAAGAGAUCUUCUCAUAAUAAUAAUUCUAGAAAACCACAUUCUAGAUCUCAGUUACACGCCUCAGACAAGGAUCAAGUGAAAAGACAUCAUCCAUUGGAUAUUAAUACUCUGAAAGGUCAUGGAGAUUCGGUUACAGCUUUGUGUUUCUCAUCUGAUGGCAGAAAUUUGGCUACAGCUUGUGCUGACGGGAUUGUCAGGAUAUUCAAAUUGGAUGAUGCUCUGAGUAAAAGCUUCAAAUUUCUGAGAAUUAACUUACCAGCUGGAGGACAGCCAACAGCAGUUGCCUUCUCCGAUGGAGCGUCAUCUGUGGUUGUGUCAUCUCAAAAUCUUUCUGGUUCUUCUUUAUAUAUGUAUGGUGAAGGAAGUGCAAAUUCUGCUAAUGACGGCGGUAAGCAACAACCCAAGCUUCCCGUUCCAGAAAUUAAAUGGGAACACCGGAAAGUUCAUCAGUCAAGGGCUAUUGUUACCCUUUCUGGAACUGCUGCCAGUUAUGACACUGCUGAUGGAAGUACAGUAAUUGUUUCGUGUUCAGAAGGUACUGACAUCAUCCUUUGGCAUGGAAAGAGUGGGAAGAUUUUGGGGAACACCGACACGAACCAGCUCAAAAACAAUAUGGCCACAGUAUCUCCCAAUGGGAGGUUUAUUGCUGCUGCAGCUUUUACUGCUGAUGUGAAGGUAUGGGAAAUCGUAUAUUCCAAAGAUGGUUCAGUAAAGGAGGUUGCAGCAGUUAUGCAGCUUAAGGGUCAUAAGAGUGCCGUGACUUGGUUAUGCUUUUCACCAAAUUCAGAACAAAUUAUAACAGCAUCCAAGGAUGGUACCAUAAGAAUAUGGAACAUUAACGUUCGUUAUCAUCUUUCUGAGGACCCAAAGACUCUAAAGGUGUUCCCGAUACCACUUCAUGACUCGGAGGGGGAAACUUUGCACUAUGAUCGUCUCAGUAUUUCACCUGAUGGAAAAGUAUUGGCUGCCACCCAUGAUUCAAUGCUGCAAUGGCUGUGUGUUGAAACUGGGAAGGUUUUGGACACAGCUGAUAAGGCUCACGAUGCCAACAUCACAGGCAUUGCUUGGGCACCAAAGAAAAUUCCUAUGGGACCUGAUCGUGGAAUGGUUUUAGCCACUGCUGGUGCUGACAAGAAAGUGAAGUUUUGGAUGGCUCCAGCCUGAUUUUAUUACUUGGUGUUUUAUAUGCUCAGUCUCCCUAGGGAAGUGUUUCUCCGAUGCGGCAAUGCCCCCAUCAUCUGUCACUGUUUUGGAUUCGAUUCCUCGGCAAACAUUUAACGACACUAAUGUUUGAAAAUGAUUAUCCUGGAAAUUUAAAGACGAAAGCAAGCUUUUAAUUUUGGACAAAAAUAGAAAGGAAAAGGAUCGAUUACUUAAAGACAGGGAGUAAGAGGAAAGCAAGCUUUUAAUUUUGGACAAAAAUAGAAAGGAAAAGGAUCAAUUAAUUAGAGACAGAGUAGUAUUUUCGGUUCCCAUUUCUUUGAAAUUUAGAUUCGUGUGCUUGGUCCAAAAUUUUAACCAAUAUAUGAUAAUUUUCUUAAUAUCUUAAGAUGGUGGCUGUUAC